GAUCUCCACCAACUACUCCCUACUACUACUAUCCUCUAUCCACACUCCAAAAACUCAUCUUCAACUACAUGGUAAUGCUCUGUAAGCUAUUCAUUGAAGCCAACCACCAUUCAUAGGGAAAGUUAUGUACAAGUUUGUUUCUCAUCUCCCAAAUUUCCCUGCCAUGAACCUAAUGGUUCUCUUCUUUUUGUCUGCUCUGUUCACUAUGGCAUUUUCUUUGAAACCAGAGCCGGUAAAAAAUAAUGCCCAGAUCACUGUAAUGGGCCUUGUUUAUUGUGACAUUUGCUCCAACAACAGCUUCUCCAGACACAGCUACUUCUUACCAGGUGCAGAAGUUCAAAUAUCCUGCAACUUCAAGGCAUUUGUUCCAAAAACAAGAGAGCAAGUAUCAUUCUCAGUCAACAGAACUACGGAUAAACAUGGAGUUUACAGGCUUGAAAUACCAGCAGUUGAUGGGAUCAAAUGUGCAGAGGCUGUCUUUGCAUCAUCUUGCCAGGCAAGUCUGGUUGGGAGCUCAUCUACUUCAUGCAACAUUCCUGGUUACAAAAGCACAACUGACCAGAUAGCCAUUAAAUCCAGACACCCCAAUCUCUGCAUCUACAGCCUCACUGCAUUGAAUUUCAGACCAUCAAAAAGAGAUGUUGCCUUGUGUGGGAAAUAAAGCAACAUUCCUCUCACUCCUUACAACUUUAUCCAUGUGUUUUUUGGUAACUUCUGCAAGCUCUCUCUUUUAACACAAAUCCUUUGUUUUUGAAGAUAGAUCCGUUCUCCUCAUCUUCAGCUUUCUUGUGUGAAGGUUCUUUCCAUUUCUCGGUCCGCAUAUACUACAAGAAAUGGAGAAACUUAAACACCCUUUUACAUUUUCCUUCUACGCUUGGUGUGCUCUUUAAAGAAGUACAAAGGGCCAUAUAAGUAGUUUUAUCCUUGCAGUGCUUUUUAUGCUUUGUGUGAGCACAGUAAACUGUGCCCAGAGACUUCUGUGCAUCUUGAGUCCAUGUCUAGCAUGUGACAUACAUGAAUAUUUACCAUAUUUUAUUUA